GGACAACCAAACUUUAAGGAAAUUUGUCAAAUUUUUGAUCCAAUUUAUCUAGGAUUAUUUGAUUUUGGUUUAAAUCUUCCAAAUUCUAGUGAAUACCUAUAUGUAUAAAAACCAACAGAUAGAGAUGGAGAUAAACCAGCCGGUCCAGAACCGAGACAGAUCUCGAAGGUGUUGCUCUAAAUUAUCAGAUGCUCUUGAGUAUGCCGAAUCUCAACAGUCAUUUGAUACAACAGAUUCUGUUGAACAAUCUACAGAACUAGCUGUGUCUCGCACACCAUCCCCAGGACAAGUAGUAGCAGAUACAUUAUCACCACCAGUAGCAGGUACACUGUCAGCAAGAUGGACGCUAGCUGAUGUGCUGCCACAAGGAAUAGCCGUACCUGAUGCGCUGACUCGAGGAUGGACCGUGAUAAAUACUCAGUCACCAGGACGAGCAGAUAUUGAUACACGAUCACCAGGAGAAACUGAAGCUGCUACACUUUCACCACGACCAUCAGUAGCAUCAAACUUAGCUGAUAAACUGUCGCCAGUACGAGCAGCAUCAAUUCAGGCGUUUUCUAUUGAUAAAUCUGAUCAAAAGAGGACUAUUUUCUGGAAUUCCACUAUACCCUCCUCUAAGGUUCGUGUUAUUCCAAAGUCACAAAGAUUGGUAUCCGAGAUGAGCAGUGCUUUAAGCAGUCCGGAUCCUUCAUUAUUUACCACUGCCUACAGAGUCGUCAUCUCCCCUCUUCCAAUGAGAACUACACGACUUCCACCUAUCAAGACCUCACAAGGACGAGAGUUGGAUGCAAACAAGAGAAAGAAGAUGCUCGAACUUGAAACAUGGAAAGAAAAGGAAAAGAAAUUCCAGGCUUACUGGAAAAAGAAAGAGGAGGAAAGGCAGAAAACUGUGAAGAAAUGGGAAGAACAAGGUCUUAAAGUUGUAUUACCUCACCAAAUGAAAGCUUUGGCUUUGAAACUAGGAAAAGAAAGGGUUUUAAAAGCCGGAUCAAUAAUUAGUCGUGAGGAUUACUUGACAACUACUGACAAUAUCCAAACUAUACAGAAAGGAUGCACGAACAUAACUCACACUGUUGUCAAUUCUACAGAGAAGAAUAUAGUGACUGCAUCACAUUCUAAUCACAAGGCCGAUUUACCAAGUCACAGUAAGCUUCAGAAACAGAAUGUUCCUUUGCCAGAAACAAAAGUUCCUCAGCUACCAAGUGGACCCGAGGUUAAUAUAGCGGAUGAAAGGGAAAAGAAAUUUCGGGAACACUGGAAAAUGAAAGAGGAGGAAAGACAGAGAACUGUGAAGAAAUGGGAAGAACAAGGUCUAAAAGUUGUAUUACCUCACCAAAUGAAAGUUUUGGCUCUGAAAUUGGGAAAAGAAUCAGUUCUGAAAGCCGGAUCAUUAAUUAGUCGUGAGGAUUACAUGACAUCUACAUCUGACAAUAUCCAAACUGUACAGAAAGGAUGCACGAACAUAACUGACACUGAUAUCAAUUCCAAAGUGAAGAAUAUAGUGACUGAAUCACGCGCAAAUCACAAGGCCGUUUUACCAAGCCUCGGUAAAAAGCAGAAAGUUCCUUUGCCAGAAGCAAUAGUUCCUAAGCCACCGAGUCGACCCAAAGUUAACCUAGUUGUCCGCGAAACCAAGGCUUCACGGUUAAGGAAGAAUAAAUUACAGAUGCAAAGUGAGAAACCAGACCAAAAAACACAGAAGGUAUUACCACCAGUUAAAGCUCCAAUCAAAGCUCCAGUAAAAGCUCAAAUUAAGGCUCCAGUAAAAGCUCAAAUCAAAGCUCCAGUAAAAGCUCAAAUCAAACCUCCAGUAAAAGCUACAGUAAAAGCUCCAGUAAAAGCUCAAAUCAAAGCUCAAGUAAAAGCUCCAAUCAAAGCUCCUGUCGCUCCAGUCCAAAACCCAACACAAGAAUUCAAAAUUAAAACGCAGCGACAAGUAUCUCUUUCUCCGCCCUAUUCAAGAUCAUCUUCUGAAUCUCUGCCACCAACUCCAAUAGAACUUGAACCACCGAGACCAGAUUUUGUCCCGAGACUAGAUCUCUCUGGUCUUCUGUCUCCAGAGGACUACCAAGAAGCGGAUCCGAUUCUGCUUGCGCCAAGAGAUAUUGUUGUUCGGGAGACAAACGCAUCAAAACUUCUGCGGCUAAACAAUCUGGAAGACGAAAAGAAAGUUAAAAGACGAGAAGAGGAAGAACAGGUUAAGGAUGUGGCAUUCGAACAUCCACUGGGUAAGAAGGUUUUAUCGGGAAAACGGUCACCAAUGCAAGCAUUGCCUCCAAAACCGUACAAUAACCCCGAACCAGUGGACAUCAAAGACACAAGAGCAUCCGAAUUGAGUAAGCUACGAGAGAUCAAGGAAGAAGGAAACAUUGGUUCCCCCAACAAAACACUACAAAGGUCACAACCACGAUUAAAUAAGGAGAAAUCGCCUGAUAGCAAAGAAAUGGGGCCACCAUGGCCUCGCCAAGAACAGGAUAAAGAAAAGAUCACAAAUGGGAUAAAACGAGCUGAAACACCAAUGGUGAAUACGUCGGUGGUAGCUCCUUCGAUUGUACGGGAGAGUAGGGACUCUCAUUAUGAGUAUCCAGAUAAAAAGAUAUCUAAAAUUGAGUUCAAUCAACAGACUAAGGAAUUUACAUUACAUACUGAGAAGAAAAAUGUAGGUGCGAGCUAUGGAACAGUUAAACACUCUAUUAUAACAGCUCGACAAGUACAAAGUGCGCCUGCGCUUUCAAGAUGUAAUCGCGAUAAACAAGUAGCCAUUAAUGUAACCAAAUCAAAACCGUUUGAACUAAACAAAUAUAAAGAAGAAAAAGAGCGAGAGAGAAUUGAUAUGUCCAUAAGAAACAGAAAAUGUAGAAACGAAAUUGUACUAGGUUUAAACCUCAGAAAAAAUAUUAGAUUGGCCAUGGAAGAGGAUGAAGAGAAGUGGCAAUCGGAUCUGAUGGAUGAUUUUAAGGACAUACAGGGUCCUUUUGUUUUUGGCAAACCAGAUGACAAUAAUAGUGAAAUUAUAACACAAGAAUUAAAUCGUCUGAAAGAACAACUGGAAGAAAUGAAAGCAGCAGAGAAUAAGAAAUCUAAAUCAAAAGUGAAAACCUUCCUCGCCAAUAAAUUCAGAUCGCAUUUCCAAAGCAAAGAGAAGAAUGAUAAAUAUGAGAAAGAAAUUGAGAACCAGAAGAAAGAAAAAGAAGAGAAGAUUGAUAACCAUUUUAGAACAACUGUGCAUUCGUUAAAUAGUGUGCUGGGUGAUAUCUGGGAAAGAUUUAUUCACCAACAAGAUGGCUAUUGUAAAAUGUUAGAAAAAAUAACACUACAGGAAGACAUGCUCGCGACAUGGAAAUCAGAAGCUAGACAUUAUCGAUUUAUGCACACCAUGUUGAGAGAGGACUAUUUGGCGGGAUGCAAGGACAGUUUGUAUUUGGAGGAGAACAGAGUAAAUGGUGAGAAAGAAUAA